AUGGACGUGGAUUACAAUCCGAGCCGAAAAUCCCUAAUCAAGAACAAAUGGGUAGCCACGGCCGCCGGCAUAUGGAUCCAAUCCGCCGGCGGCUCCCUCUACACCUUCAGCAUCUACUCCUCCGUCUUGAAAUCCACCCAGGGCUACGACCAGUCCACCCUCGACACCAUAUCCGUCUUCAAGGACCUCGGCGCCAACGUCGGCAUCCUCUCCGGCCUCCUCUACUCCUUCUCCUCCGCCGCCGCCGGCCCGUGGGCCGUUCUGCUGGCCGGGGCGGUCCAGUGCUUCGCCGGCUGCUUCCUCAUGUGGCUGACGGUGACGGGGGCUCUCCCUAGGCCGCCGGCGGCGGUCAUGUGCCUGUACAUGCUUCUGGCGGCGCACGCCAUGACCUUCUUCAACACGGCUAAUGUGGUGACUGGGGUGCACAAUUUUCCUAGUUAUGGUGGCACCAUUGUUGGGAUUAUGAAGGGAUUUCUUGGUCUAAGUGGAGCCAUACUAAUACAAGUGUACCAAACAAUCUUCAAGAACAAGCCAAGUUCUUACUUACUGUUACUGGCUUUGCUUCCCACAGUCACAUCUCUUAUACUGAUGGGGUUCGUAAGAAUCUAUAAAACGAACGAGGAUGAUGAGAAAAGGCAUCUUAAUGCUUUCUCAUCCAUGGCCAUUGCUUUGGCUGCCUAUCUCACAGCUAUUAUAAUAAUCCAAAACAUCUUCAAGUUAAAAUUGUCCAUUCGUGUUGUUACGUUUGUUAUACUCGUGCUCCUCUUACUACUUUCGCCUAUUUUCGUUGCGAUUAGAGCCCAACGGGCUAAAUCAUACAGGGCUGUGAAAUCCCUGCUUGAGCAGAAUCAAAAUUUUUCAGAUGAAAAAAAUAUUCUUGUUGAGGAUGUAAUCUCGAAUGCUAGGCUAGCCGAUCUCGGUGAAUAUCAUGAAAUUCCAGACGGUACGGACCAGACGAGGGACAUGAAUAACUUAAAUCUACUGCAAGCAAUGCGAACGGUAAAUUUCUGGUUUUUAUUUAUUACUACGGCUUGUUCUUUUGGCUCGGGGCUUGCCACAGUGAAUAAUAUAAGCCAGAUAGGAGAAUCUCUUGGCUACACGAGCCUAGAGAUCAACACUUUAGUUUCUCUAUGGAGCAUAUGGAAUUUUCUUGGCCGUUUUGGAGCCGGCUUUAUCUCUGACUACUUCUUGCAUGUCAAAGGUUGCCCGAGACCUCUGUUUAUUGUAAUUACUUUGGCAGCUAUGUGCAUUGGCCAUGUCAUGAUCGGUCUCGGUUUUCCUAACUCUCUUUAUGCUGGUUCGGUUCUUGUUGGGGUCUCUUACGGUUCACAAUGGUCGUUAAUGCCAACAAUUGCCUCCGAGUUAUUCGGGAAAGUUCAUCUCGGCACAAUAUUUAACACGAUCACGAUUGCGGGUCCUAUUGGGUCGUAUAUUCUUUCGGUUAAGGUUGUGGGCUAUAUAUAUGACAAGGAAGUGCCGGAAUAUGAAGAGAUGUGUAUUGGGACUCGUUGUUUCAUGUCAUCAUUUUUCAUCAUGGCAGCCGUUACUUUCGGUGGUUCUCUUGUUGGCUUGGGAUUAUUGUUUCGGACGAGAAAGUUUUACAAAGAUGUUGUGCUACAAAGGGUUUUAUAUUCCUUGCGACAGAGCAGGAUUGCGAUUGAUGUCGAGUAA